AUGAGUGGCAGUGGCGUGGACCCCGAGGUGGUCCCGGCCCCGACUCCCACCCCCACCCCUGCUCCAGCCCUGACCCCAGCACCGGCGCCGACUCCCGCCCCAGCAGAAAGCAAGGCCAGUCCCACAGGAGGCGCAGGCCCCGGCCAUGGCCGGGGGGAUACAUCUGACCAGCGGGCCUCGGUCCCAGUAUCCGCAGCUGGGGGUACGACCCCCCCCGAAGGUGCCAUGUCUAACGGGGUGUACGUGUUACCUGGUACCGCCAAUGGAGAGGUCAAGCCUGUUGCGUCUAGUACACCAUUGGUGGACUUCCUUAUGCAACUAGAAGACUACACACCCACAAUUCCAGAUGCUGUUACUGGCUACUACCUGAACCAUGCUGGUUUUGAAGCCUCUGAUCCCAGAAUUGUCCGGCUCAUCUCCCUGGCAGCCCAGAAGUUCAUCUCUGCCAUUGCCAAUGAUGCUUUACAACACUGCAAGAUGAAGGGCACUGCCUCAGGCAGCUCCAGGAGCAAGAGCAAAGACCGAAAGUAUACUUUGACCAUGGAAGAUCUGACCUCUGCACUCAGCAAGUAUGGCAUUAAUGUCAAGAAGCCACAUUAUUUCACCUAA